AUUUAUUUUUCCCUUAAUCUAAAUUAGAUAAACGUAAAUGGGUAAAAAAAGAAAGUCAAAGCCCAUGAGACCAUGGUGUUGGUAUUGCGAAAAAGAUUUCGAGGAUGACAAGGUGCUUGUCACUCAUCAACGGGCUAAACAUUUUAAAUGUGAAGAGUGUAACAAGAAAUUAACUACCGCAGGUGGUAUGGUGGUUCAUUCUCAACAAGUACACAAGAUUAAUAUCUACAAAGUACCUAAUGCUAUUCGAGGUCGAGAUAAUUUAGACAUUGAGAUCUUUGGAAUGGAGGGUAUACCAGAACAAGACAUGAUUGAACAUGAACUUCGAAUUCAAGCCAAUAAUCAAAACGGGAAUAAAAAACCAAAGGCAACGGGUUCUGGACAUUACGGCGAACUUUCGUUGGAACAGUUGCAACAACAAAUGGCUGCCCAUAAGGCAGGUACAACAGCCAUUUCGCCUACUAUGAACACAGCUUCUUCUGUUAUACCUACCGCAGUAGCAGCCGCAGCCGUCACUUAUCCACCCUUACCUACAGCGGCAGCAGUAACAGCAACAGCACAGCAACAACAGUAUUAUGGGUAUGGAGGUUAUACUGCUGCCGCUGGUGGUGGUGCUUAUGGGGCAGCGUAUAGUAAUGCUUAUUAUCCACCUCCACCCCCUCCACCUCCUCAGCAACAACAACAACAACAACAACAAUACCCCACAUCAGCACAAGCGAAUUUUGGUUAUCAUGCAUCACCGGCUGGGAUCCCACCACCACCGUUACCACCACAGCAACAGGGUUGGGGAUAUCAACCAUACAUGACAGCACCCACACCGGUUGUGGCAACCACAACACCGGUGACUACCAGUGCCAAUACCGUUGGUGUGCCUCCUCCUCCUCAUCUUUCGUCUGCCCUUCCUCCUCCUCCGACUCUACAUACACCUAGUACACCUGCCGUUGCUGUUCAGAAUACGUCUGUGGUUCGUGAAGUGACUCCCCCUCCACCUCCUCCUAUCACUUCACCCUCACCACCUGUAGAUAAACUUCAGAAAAAGAAGGCGUCCAAGGUCAUUUUAAUUUAUAACAAUAACGAAAUUUCACCGGAGGAACAACGUGCACUAUUAGAUAAACACAGAGCAUCAUUUUAAAUUCUCUGGUAAGAAAAAAAAGUUUGAACAAAAAAAUAAAAAAAAAAAAAAAAAAGAAGUUUGGUUGUGUUGUAUAAAUAGAUAACUCUUUUUAAUAUGUGUGACCAAUUUUUUUUUUUUUUUUUACCCCUUGUUUGUCACGUUUAUAUUCUGGCAAU